CUGGGUGCUGCUGGGCAUGCAGCUGCCGCAACAGGGAAACUGAGGCUGGCGCUGCUGGGAGGGGCAGGGCUGGGAAAGGAGCUGUGCCUUGCCUCGGCCAGAGGCCACUGGGGAAGAGGGAGCUGCUGGUGACAGGGAUGCCUAAGCUGGGGCUCAGCAAGCAUAAUCCCUCCAGUCUCAGCCUUGGCAAUAACCCCAGCCCCUUUCUGUAGUGCCUGACCCCACCAUCCAGGAGCAAUGGCCACAGAGAAGUCAGUGACUCCUACUGAGGAGCAGCUAGAGAUCCUGGAGUACAAUUUUUGCAAGGUGAACAAGCAUCCUGAUCCCACCACGCUGUGCCUCAUUGCAGCUGAGACCGGGCUUUCUGAAGAGCAGACCCUGAAAUGGUUCAAGCAGCGCCUGGCAGAGUGGAGGAAGUCUGAAGGGCUGCCUUCAGAAUGUGGGUCUGUCAGGGACUAGAGGAUGCUGCUCCUGGCCCCAUCCAUGCUGUAAACGAUGGUGAAGAUCUUCAGAGUGGGUUUACUUGGGGUUCUUCUGUCACAAAAGGUUUCAAGAUACAAAGCAAUACCCUGAUAUUUAACAUAAUUUUUAUUUAUAGAAGAUUAUAUAUAUAUAUAUAUAUAUACAUAAUAUGUAUGUAUAUGUGUAUACAGCUUCUGAUGGCUGCGUAACUGGUCUAGCAAUUCCCAUUAAUAGCAGCUGCACAGGCCAGGAAAUCUCAUGCCCUUUUCCUGGGCUCAUGGAAAAGCUGCCAUGAAACAUUCAAGCACAGGAGGGAGGAAUAGAGAUUUCUUUUCCCUAUUAUCCCAAGAGGCAAAGCAUGCAUGCUAGCUUUAUAUAGAGAAAAUCCAGAGAGGAGGGCAAUUGGAAAACUUGAUGUCUUGUUCUUGUGAUGUCUUGGUUAGUUUAAGGUGCCCAUGCCAGCUCUGGAUAUUGACAGGCUAAGAGCCUACAUCAUUAACAGACUGAGCCAAGAUCCCUUGAAUGUAUGUCUCACAUUUCUGUUAAAGAUCACCGAAGGGAGAGAACUGGUCUUUUCUUUGUCCAAAGUGUGAAUAAAAAGAUUUUUGGUGAGA